AUGGAAGAAUCCCUCUACUUUUCAUUGCUCCGAAUAUCAGUGGCUCAGAUGCUAAAAGCUUCCGGGUUUGAUAAAUGCAAACCACUGGUACUCAAUACAGUCACGGAUUUGUACAUUCGACAUUUAGAGUUAAUUUUGAAUAGCGCAAAGAAAUUCGCUAUUGCUCGUUCUAAUUGUACAAACGAAAUCCUUGCACAAGACCUACUUCAGGCAUUCAUGGAUGUACAAUUUCUCAAACCACUGUCAUUCGAAAGCUGUUUAGAUCCUAGAGAUUCCUCAACCGCCCCUACUGCGGAAUAUAAUACGAAAUCUGUCGAAUCCUUCAAACGUUGGCUACAGUAUAGUGAUUCCUACAGAACAAGUAAAAAGCUAAGUGAGGUCCCAAUUUCCAUGAUACAUAACUUGAUUGACAAGCGAAAAGUGGACACAUCAUCCGAAACAGAUCAGGAAAGGAAAAAACGCCGCUUACGUGAGCGACAAGAAUAUUAUAACCAACUCAAGCAAGGUGACGAGAAUUUUCAGCGAGACAUGGGCAGACUUGUGGAUGAUUUCGAGGAGGAUGAAAUUACCAGUGACGACAAGUUGUCAUGGCUCACAUAUAUGGCUGAGAAGGACUUGAAAUUAGGGCAUAAUUUUAAGUUCGUCAACACGACUAUUCAAGACAGUCUUAUCCCUCUUCAGAAGAACAAGAAAUUUCACCCGCCUUCUAAAAACGGAGAAGACAGCUAUCGUUCUUUCCAGAAUCAUCUUCGCAAUUCCAAUAAGUAUGACCAUGUUGUUAUCCAGAUACAAGAACUGGCUGAUGCUGAUGGCUCUGAGAAGACUCCUAUCGUACUUCCAUCUUCACAGUUGAAAAAUGCUUUACCGUACAAUGUUAAGUACCCAGACUCUCUUAUGAAUGAUGAUCUCGAGCUUUAUGUGAACUAUGCUCAAACCCAUCCUGAGGAAAUUGAGAAAAUCGUGAACAAGAAGCGGGUCGCUAAAGGCGGUGAUGACAUUUUAUUGGAAGCCAUAACUUCAGGUUCAAUUCUUGACGUUCCCUCGUUAAGCACGGUAGGCGAGUCUCUUGUUGACACAUCAGAAAACAAUAAUGAGAACGAUGAGCUAAGCAAUAAUGAUGAAAAACAAACAGAUGGCGUUGAAACCAACAAGCUGCCCCUAAGUCAAGAAGAUGCUUCGACAGCAUAUGAAACAAAUAACACCCAAGACCAAGAAAUGGUGGAUGCAAAUGGUGAUACAGAUCAGGUUCAGAAAGACCCUGAAGUUAAUGAUCAAGUCGAAAAUGCUGGUGAAGAUGUCAGUGUCGAUGGAAAGGAAGAAGAUAGUAGAGAAGAAGUGGAAGAUAUAGAGAAAAAUGCGGAGCCAGAGAAGGAAUUAGAUGGGGACGGAAAAGAGAACAACGAUUAA